CACUUUCACAUUCUGCUGCAGUGAGAUGCCUGAUUUCCUGGAAUUACCACGCUGCCUCUGGGACACGAGAAGCCGCACCCACUGGGGGCAUAAAGAGGGGCUGUGUUGGGCUUCGCGCCUCCCAGGAGCUGCGGGGCACGGAGGGAGAAGGUAGGGCCCUGGGGAUGAGCUGCGGGACCGGCAGCAGCAGCAGCGAGCGGGAUCUUGUCGCUCUCCUGCCUCCUCUUCCUGACAUGGCUUUGCAGCAGGACACACAAGAGAGGGAUGCAAAGGCACAGCUCCUGGCAGAGGAAUUAGAGAAGGAAAGAUUGGAUACUGGAUAUUGGCUGCCCAAGGUGAUGCAGAUCCUGGGAAUCAAGAACAGAGAAGUCCUGCAACAUCUGGAAUAUAAAGACUAUGUAGAGCUGGAGUGUGAGGUACGGCAUCCCUGGGAGAAAAAGGCACUCCAGAAACUCCUGAAAAUACCAGAUGAGAAAACAACCACUAAAGACGUGCAGAAGGAGCACUUGGAGAAGACAAAGCAAAGACAAGAAGUGGCCAAACAAGCCCUGAAUGAUCUGACAGAAAUGCUCAACAGCCACAGCCACAGCCAGGAUGCUGUGAGGGAGAAAGCAGAGACUCUGUGGCAAGCCAUGGAGAUUCCCAAAGAGUUCUGGCCACCACCAAAGAAACCCUUGGCAGAUAUGCUGGAGAGCAUCCAGAAGCAGCUGGAGCAGCAGGAGUUGUCAGCAGUCAGGAUGGAGAAUAUCCCUGACACAGAGGUGCUGCGGCGGGCAUCAGGGGGACUGGCCCUGCAGGGCAUCUACAGAAGCAGCAGACCUAAAGAUGUGCUGGCAAAGCGAGAGCAGCUCCUCAGGGUUCCUGAGGGAUUCCAGCUCACCGGUCCGGAGCAGGGAUCGCUGCUUGAGAGGAAGGAGUUCUCCUCCUCUGCAGCAGAAUCCACUUUCACCAAGUCCAUGGAGCAGCUGGGCUUCAGCAUGAGCGUUUCUGCCAAAGCCAGCUUCUGGAGGGUCCAUCUGAGAGGAAGUGUAGAUAAGAUCAGCCCCUCACAGUCACAGGACACCCACCAAUCCUGCUCUGAGCAGAGCUAUUUUUGCAGCAGCAUGUACCAGUACAUCCCUCUGGCCUCCUGCUACUUCCAAAGGCAUCAGCUUCGCCUCUCGGAUGCGGCUCUGCAGGAGCUGCAAGACAUGGAGGAGACUUUGAGCGUCACUCAGGAAGACAAGGUGCUCCUGCUGAAAAGGUGUGAGAGGUUCUUCAGCAGGUUUGGGUCCCACAUAAACCAGGGUCCGCUCCACUUCGGGGGGAUAUUCUGGUGGAAGGCAUCAACAGAAGGAUUCCGAGGCGAGCACAGGGAAGAGAUAAAGCGACAAACAUCUGAAGCACUGAACAGCCUUGUCAGGAAGAGCUAUGGUGACUUCCUCGCAAGUGCUGCAGCGGCCCUGGGUGUUUACAUAUCCAGCUUAAAAACUUCUGUCCUGGAGAGAGCCGGAGAGAGUUCCCAUACGGCAAUUCAGCUCUAUGUUGUCAGCACAGGGGGCCCCCCACACACAACUUCUCUUCCUCAGUGGAAAAUGGGGCUGGUGUCCGAUAACAGAACGUGGUGCCUUAUCGACCGUGGCUUUGAGCUGGUCCCAGUGUGGGAUGUCAUCGUGUACAAUCACAGCGGGGAUUUUAAGUCUGUCGGUCAGAUGAGCAGAGCCCUCAUGGCUGCAUACAAAGAGCUGACCAAUCAGAGUGUUGGCAACAUUUUUGGGAAGAAAAUAGAAAUUGCAGUACAAGAAGCCAGAGAUUUCAUGGAGACUGUGAAGACCUGGGAGGUGACAGUGGAUGAAAGGAAGCUGCUCAUGCUGAUGGAGGUAAAAGAUGAUCUGAAUGCAAAAACUGGGAACCCCAGUGUGUGGAUCAACGUGUGCCUGUCGGACAAAGCCCUGCAGGACUUCCUGGUGAACACCGUGCGGAGCUGCCAGGAGUCACCUCCAGAAAACACCAGCUUUAUCAAAGUCAUGUUGAGAAGCCUCCUGGAUCCUCAUAUCUACUCUGUCAAGGACUUCCCUGAGGCUUCCUUCAUUAUGCAAUGGAUCUUCCAGACUGAGCACCCACUUCCCAGAUGUCCUAAAGUCUCAGAGGUUGGAGAGCUCAUCAAAACCCUGCAGCAAAUGAAGGAGCACAUCCAUGCUGUCACCUACGCACCAGGAAGCUCUGCUUCUGCCAUUCAUGAAGCAAAGAUAGAAGCCACCAUGACCAGCAGCCUCGCCAUCCAUUCCUUACUCCAGUCUCUCCAGGAAUGGGCUCAGAAGGAGAUGGAACUGUUGGUGCUCUUGAUUGUGACCAGCACAGGGUACCAGGUGGAAAGCAGCACUUUCCAGCACCUUCUUGGAUACCCAGAAAUUCAGUACAUGGCCAAGGAAAUGGAAGCGGCACAUGAGGAGUACGUGAACCUGAAGGAGCAAGAUGCCACCAGAGCUGAGGCCUCCCUUCUGCUGACGGGUCUGACUGUGACACCAGAAAGUCAAGAGCUGUCCCCUGAGCAGAAGAGGGAGCGUUUAGUUUUCAUGGAAGAUCACAUGAAAGGCUUGUGGUCCACACAGAUAAAGAAUCUCCUUCAAAAGCACAGAGGAGACGAAGACUGGGAGAGGCUGGAACGGGACUUGAAUUCCUUGAUCAAUGGGAGCUUGGAUGACAAAUGGGAUGAAGAGAGGAUGCAGAACAUACUCAAAGACUUGGAAAAUGCCUUUGCAACCACGAAGCCGCCCAGUCAAUCCCAAUCCAAGUCAGACAGCAGCCAAUCCAAAGCAAAUGAAGCCUUUGUAAACCUGGAGUUCCUCCAGCUGCUCAAGCGCCUUGGGCUUGAAAGUCACUAUCCAAGAAAAAUGGGGAUGGGAGAUUUCCACACCAUCAACAAGACAUCUCUGCAGGACAGCCAGCCCAGCCAGGACACAGAACUGCCAGGUUACUUCUUGCAAAGGCUGUUAACUGUGGAUUACAGGGUGAGGUACCUGACUUGCUGGGAUGAGAAAAAGCCAGGCCUUGCACCUGUGCCACAAACUACAGCGGAAGAGCACCAACAGUCAGACACCUUUGAAAAGUUUUUUGAUGAUUUGGAGGAAGCAGCCCCUGAAUGUGCAAGCAGGGAUGGCCAUGUGCACCCCAUGGACCUGCAGAUGGCCAUUUUCCAUUGUGCUGAUGACUUCCUGAGACAGACCCUUGCAACCAAGCUGGCGUUCUGCCAACUGGCCCUGCCUCUGCUGGUGCCCAACCCGUGCACUUCACGCAUUGAGUUCCCGCUCUACGCCCUCAGCCGAAUCCAAAGGAGCUGGAAAGAGAUGCAGAAGUCAGGAAAGCAGGAUGGAACAAAGAGUUACAACAACAAACUCAUCUUUCAGGCACAGACACCCAUUGUGUCCUUCUUCCGCAUUGGCAGCUCGGCCUCCUCUUCCAAGUCUCAGCUCCUGAACGCUCUGCUGAGCAGACGCAAACACGACACUUUCUUCCACCGCCACUGCAGAGGCAGCACCAGGGAGCGUUUGCUGAUGGAAGGGGUGGUGGAGAUCGCCUGGUACUGCCCCGGUGGAAGCCCUGAUGACACCUUUGAGUGCUGCGUGGCUUUCUGUAACCUGCAUGGAGACGCCAGGGAUCACGGAGGACAGCUGCAGUUCCUGCAGGAGAUAUCUGCUGUCAAUGUGGCUCUUGUGUCCGAUUUACAACACAUGGACAGCAGGGAGAAAAAGAUUCUUCAGGGCCUGUUGCAGUCAGAAAGGCCUUUGAUUUGUCUUCUUGCGGAAAAGGAGAACAUUGCAGCUGGACAAGUCGGCAAAAACAUAAAAAUAGGGCUCAAGAACAGAAAUGAAGCAGAACUGGUGGACCAGCUGACCAACAUUAUCAGGGAUCUCCUGGAAGGCUCUAAUGUACGUUUCAGCCUGGAUGCCUGCGUGGACAAAGCUCGCCAGCACGGAUUCGUAGUGGAUGCAGAUCAACCGGCGUGUGUGACAGCCAAAGCCAAGGCAAAGGAGCUGGUGGACCUUCUGAAGAAAGAGAAGCUGUCUGUGAUCAAAUCCCAGCUGCUGCCGCUUCAAGGAGAGCUGUGGUACCAGUGGUGCAAAAAGGACAAAGAACUCACUCGCUUGCAGCAGAAGAGGAACAAGAGCAUUGAGCACCAUCGCAGCCAAAUUGAAUAUGAGAAGAAAGCACUAAGAAGAAAGCAACUAGAGAAAGCUUUCCCUCUGAACCCACUGAUGAAAUCAUUCCUUGGCUUUCUCCAGGCCCAGCCAGCAGAUACCAAGAAAUAUUUCCUGCAGUGGAUGAAGGUCUUGAUGGAUGAGCUAUCCUGCAGUCGCCUUGCAGAACUGAGGAGAGACUAUCACAAGGUAUGGACCGAAAUCCGGACAGGAAUGAAAAGCAAGGAAAAAAAGAAGUUGAAUGCUGAGUUGCUGGAUCGCUUGUAUGCCGUCUCUGAUGAAGUUAAUGAUUCAUCUAUCGGCCUGGAGCACCUUCUGAGAGAGGCAGGGCAGGUUUAUGAAGCUCUGGAACUAAUGAACUCCAAGACUGAGAGUUUUAUAAAACUGCCAGAAACUGCAGCAGAGCUGAUGGUUUCAGGAUAUCCCGUGGAGCUGUUGGAUGGGGAUGCUUCUUACCUGCCCUUGUGCUGGGUGGGAGCAAUCUUUGACAGCUUAAUUGAGAGGCUGGGGGACAAACGAGUGUUUGUGCUCUCUGUGCUCGGCAUCCAGAGCACGGGCAAGUCCACCCUGCUGAAUGCCAUGUUUGGUCUGCAGUUCAACGUCAGCGCGGGGAGAUGCACCCGCGGAGCCUUUAUGCAGCUCAUCCCAGUGGGCGAGGAGCUGCAGCAAGACCUGGGCUUUGAUUUUGUGCUGGUGGUUGACACAGAGGGACUUCGUGCUAUUGAGGUGGCCAAUAAACAGUCCCUGAGCCAUGACAACGAGCUGGCCACCUUUGUCAUUGGUGUUGGCAACAUGACUGUGAUCAAUGUCUUUGGAGAAAACCCAUCCGAAAUGCAAGAUGUUCUCCAGACCGCUGUGCAGGCUUUUCUGAGGAUGAAGAAAGUCAAUCUUUCCCCAAGCUGCCUCUUUGUCCACCAAAACGUGGGAGAAGCAACUGCCAAGGAGCAGAACAUGGAAGGACGACGGCGUUUGCAGGAAAAGCUGGAUGAAAUGACCGUGGAAGCAGCUCAGCAGGAAUUCUGUGACAUCUCCUCCUUCAGCGAUGUCAUUGGCUUUGAUGUGAACACCCACAUUCACUACUUUACUCACUUGUGGGAAGGAAAUCCCCCCAUGGCACCACCCAACCCCACCUACAGCCAGAACGUCCAGCAACUCAAGAGCAAAAUCUUCCAGGCUGCCAAGAAGCAGUCACAGCGCAGCAUUUUGAGGCUGUCGAGCCUGAAAGAUCGUAUUGGUGACCUCUGGAAUGCUUUGCUGAAUGAAAACUUUGUUUUCAGCUUCAAGAAUUCCCUGGAGAUUGCUGCCUACAGGAAACUGGAAAGUGCCUUUAGUCAGUGGACCUGGAGGCUGAGGAGUCACAUCUUAGACGUACAGAUGAGACUGGACAACAAAAUUCGGAAUGGGGACUUGCAGAAUGUCACCAGAGAACAUCUUGAAGGGCUGGUGCAAGAGACAAGUGAUGCCAUUGAGAAAGAGGUGGAAAAGUAUUUCAAGGAAGACAAAGACCAUGAGACAUUGGUGCAGUGGCAAUCAAGCACAGAGCUGAAGCUGAUAGAACUAAAAGAGACUCUUCUUCUUGAAACAAAAAAGAAAUGUGAGACUCUUAUUGAGCUACAGAAGGAGCAGAGGAAACUGGAUGCAAGGAAGUUGGAAUAUGAAGAUGAGCUCCUGAGAAGGAGUAGGGAGCUUGCUGUGACUCUGAAAGGGAAGAGCCUCAGUGAGAGAGAACUGAGAGACAACUUUGUUCUUGUCUGGAACCUGUGGAUUGCUGAAGUCUCCCGUGCUGCUCGUCCUCCAGAACGGGUGGAUAUCGAUACAGAAAUUGAAGAUGUCCUUCUCGAGCACUUUAAGGAGCCAGGUUUCCAUGAACGGAUCAGGUCAUUUCACAAAGGCAGAGGAUUUUCUUUUGACAUGGAGAAACACAUCAUGAAGAAAAAGUAUUUAGGCUUUAUCUCAGGUCCCAGGAGCAUUUCCAAUGCUGAUGUCAUCAACUUUCAGCAUAUCACAGAAAACAUCAUAGCAAGUGUGAGGGCAAAUAUUGAUAAAAAAGAACGAGAGAAACGCGAUUACAGUCGAAAUUUUAUCCAUGAAAUACUCAAUGAAGUACAGGAAGGUGUGAACUCUGUCCCCAGCAAUGCAAGAUGUACUUUUAACAGAGAGUACAGCAUGGAUUUGUCUCUGUAUCUCUGCAAAAUGGCAGCAGAAAGGUUUAAAGUCAUGCAUGAAGCAUUCCAAAAGGCAAAUGACCCAGUCGUGUACCUGAGCAGCAAGAGGGAAGAUUUCUUCCAGUGUUUCCAGAUUUCCUGCCAAGGAGCAACUUCAGUCACAAAUUUUGCUGUUUUCCUUUGUAACAAGAUUGAACCGGCUCUUUGCUGGGCGAUCUAUGAGAGCACAGCUAAAGCCAUUGCUGAGGACAUGCAGGGCAAAUUCCCAGAUUUCCAGGGCAACAGAGCCAAUCUGGAAGUUUCCAUCCUGAGAUACCUGGCAGAACAAGAAAAUUUUGAGGAUUUCAAGCAGUACCUUAAGUUUCCAAAAGAUUUUUUUCAGAAAUACCUUGAGAAACGAGUGAAGAGUUACUGUUUAGAUGGGAGCAAAAGGUUGCAGAAGGUUUUAGGUUCCUCGCUUCAUCUUCUCUAUGGAAACAUCCUGUCAGCUGUUUCUGUAUCAACCCAAAUAUUCAAAGACAGAAAAGACAGAGAAGACAAAGUCUCUCUUUGGCUGGAUGAAUUUUGCAGGGAACUGACAGAGGUGAUCAGCUUGCCCAGAAGUGACCUGAAGGGCCUUGAGCACCAGGAGGUCACAGACAUUGAGUUCCUGAGCAGUGCUGUGGCUGAAGCUCUGGAUGACCUUAGGGACAGGCUAACAAAAGAAUUUGCUGAUGCUGACCUGAGCUCAUUUUUAAGGCAGCCUCAAACCAUCCUGGCAGAGCAGUUUUCGGGGUGCUGGGAACAGUGUCCCUUUUGUGGGGCUGUCUGCACAAACACCAUGCAGGGACAUGAUGGAGACCAUCAGGUGAUUUUCCAUCGCCCACGAGGUUUGAUGGGAUCUAUGUGGUAUGGUACAGACCACCUGGUCAUUGAUAUUUGUUCCAGCCUUGUUACAACUGAUCUCGAGUUCAGGUCUGAAAAUGGCAAAUGGUUCCUCUUCAAGAGAUACCGGGAUGCCGGACCUCCUUAUUCCACUUGGAAAAUUCUUCCUGAUCUAUCCAUGCAGGCGUACUGGAAAUGGUUUGUGUCUCAUUUCAGGACACAGCUGGAAGCUUUGUACAAUGGGAAAUUUCAGGGAAGAGGAGAAAUCCCUGAGGUGUGGCAAAAAAUUACCAAGCAGGAAGCAUUGUCUGAGCUGGAAGUGUGUCGGCCAAGUCCACAGAACGGACGAACCACAAUGGGUUCAUCACUUAAAACAACUUUGUCAGAGAUUUUACAGAAAAUGAAUCCAAUUGAAGGUCUCAAAGGUUUUGGAGAACAAUUGCUCCCAAAUUUAAUGAAGUAAGGCUUGUUACUGUAGGCUUUGCUCAUUGACUCCUUUCUUCAGGAUAAACCCAGAAUCCUCUUGCCUUCUUCCUGUAAACAUUUCCCUCUGCUUUGUCCUAGAGCCAAACCAAACCCCCUCCUUGGAGUGAUCAGCCUCGUGGCCAAGCCUGAGCCCAAGGGCCAGGGCAAGGGCAAAGGCAGCACUCCAAGCACCCCUUGCAUCAGCUGCAGUGAGACAAGAAGGGACAGUGCCCCAAAGGCAGUUUAUCCUGCAGCAAGGAGGAGUCCUGCUCAGACAAAGAGCUGUGGGACCUGAGGCCAACUCCAUGCUGGCUGCAAGGCUGGCUGCUUGGCUUUUGGGUGUCAUCCUUCCCUCCCUGAUUGCAGCCUCCUGGAUCAGGUGGGGCUGUUCUCCCACAGGAGCUGUUGUGCCUCUGGGCUCAGGAAAGCAGUGACACAACCACCCCGGGGCUCAGGCACUGCUUUCACUCCCUGUCUCCGAGGUGCUGUGUCUCUGUCCAGGGCAGCCGCUCCUGCUCAGGUGCCUGGGGCUGCUGCCCUUCCCUCCAGCCCUCAGCCCCUGCAGGAGCUGCUCCUGCCCUUGGCCUUGCUGCUGAGCAAAAGCCUUUGGAAUGCCCCAUGUGGAGAAUCCUGUCUGCCAGCACCUUCUGCAGCAGCCCUGGGGCAGUGCUGGUGCUGUCCAGGCAGGCUGGUGGCACCGGAGCCGUGCUCUGGAGAAGGUGGCACCAGCUGGCUCUGCCCCAGGGAGCUGUGGGGGCUUUUGCUGUGCAGGUGCUGCAACCCCGCUGGCGAUGCGAGGGCCAAGCCCUCCUGGAGAGCUGGCUGAAGGGCUGCUCCAGCCUCAUCCCCUGCAGGCUCUGCUAAUAAAGGAGUGGAUUUGGACAGCGCUGCUCUGUGUCUCCUUUGUGUUCAGGGGAGCCACAGCUGGGGGUGACUCGAGCUCUGUGUGCUGCAGACAGGCAGGGGACAGGGGGUGGCUCUGGGGCAGGGGCUGUGGCAGCAGAGGCUCUGCUGCAUUCAGGGUCUCUGCUCCAGGAGCAGCUUCACUGUCUGCAGGGACAGCACAAAGGGCAGGAAGCCCCAGACCACAACAUCCAGGGAAACCAAUGUCAGUGCCAGGUGCCAAAGAGGCAGCACUGGGAACCAAGGCUGGCCUGUCACUCACACAGAGGGCUGAGAAGGUUGUUCCCAGUGAGGUUCUGUGCUCUGGAGCUGCUCAGCUGGGAACCUGUGGGAGAAAAGGGGAAUGGGCUCAAACUCUGCCCAGCCCAGCCCUGGCCAAGCAGACCCAGAGCCAGUGACAGGAGCCAGAGCUGGGCCAUGUGAGCGUGUGCUGCAAGGGGUGAGUGCCAGGGACCGGGGGCAGCUGGGAUGGGAGGGGAUUUGUGCUGGCUCCUGGAGCCAGACUGGGAGUGGAGGUGCCCCUGGCCAUGGUGUCACCUCCUGGGCUCAGAGGGAUCGCUGUGCUGCUACUGGAGUGGAGGGGUCCCAGUUAUGUGUUUAGGCUUACCUGAAGCGGUGCACUUCAAUAAAUCCCAGAGACUUACCAGUGUUUUCAGGGUCCUGAACACACUUGCUAGAAUGGCUGACAAAAAAGGUGAAAGAUAGGUAUUUAUAUGGAAAUCUGAUAGCUGCUUAUUGAGACUUAAAAGGACCCCAGGAAAAAAGACAACUUUGAGCUGAGGACACAGGGUUAAAUAGUGGGAACAAGGGGUGGAUCUGACGGUCAAGAGCCAACUGGAACAGGCAAAAGUGGUGCAGAGGAGGGCCAGCCCACCAGGGGAGCCAAUAGGGUAACAGGAGUGGAGCACUGCGGCAAACCAGGGCCAAUAGGGAUCAGGCGAAGGAGGAACAUUCUAGAGAAUAUACAAAUAAGGUAAACGGGGGGCUGAACUGAGGUGAGCAGGGGUGACAUCAACUACAUGAACCAGUGGUGUUUCAAAUAUUAACGUGUGCCUGAGGAGGCCCAUGAGAGGGAGGCUGUUACCCUAACCUCACAGCAGUGUGUCUCCUUGCUUGUACCUGCCUCUCCAGGGCUGAGGCGUUACUGCCCUAGUGGGAGCAGACCCAGGAAGGUGGGAGCAGUCCCGGGAGGGUGGGAGAAGCUCCAAGACGAUGGGAGCAGCCCCGGGAAGGUGGGAGCAGUCCCGGGAGGGUGGGAGAAGCUUUAAGAUGGUGGGAGCAGCCCCGGGAAGGUGGGAGCAGUCCCGGGAGGGUGGGAGAAGCUCCAAGACGAUGGGAGCAGCCCCGGGAAGGUGGGAGCAGUCCCGGGAGGGUGGGAGAAGCUCCAAGACGAUGGGAGCAGCCCCGGGAAGGUGGGAGCAGCCCGCGCAGCCGGCAUCUGGUGCACUGCCGAAAUCUAUUGUCAGUAGCAAUCCUUUAAUUCCAUUACACCUACCGCAGCAAUCCUCUUAGGGGAAGCUGUGGAGAGGCUGAGAAAGGAGGAGGCAUCGCUUAAAUACACCUAGGCUUUAUCCUGGGGGUAAGCACAGGGCACGGGAGAGGCCACAGGGCUCUUGGGCUCUGCUCAGGGUUUGCCACCAGCCUGCAGCCUCCUUCACUGCUCUUGGGACAGCUUCACAUGUUUCACCUGUCACUGCUGUCACCUGUGUCCCUCAUGUUGCUCUGAGGUUUCCCAGCCCAGCUGCUCCCCUAUAUCCUGCAGACCUGUUCUGAGGGCUGGAGCCCCUCUGCUCUGGAGCCAGGCUGGGAGAGCUGAGGAUGUGCAGCCUAGAGGAGGAUCUGCAGAGCCACUUCCAAUGCCUAAAGGGGCUCCAGCAGAGUAGAAAGGGACUUGGGACAAGGGAUGGAGGGGAAGGACAUAGGGAAUAGCUUUCCAUUUCCAGAGGGCAGGAAUGGAUGGGAUAUUGAGAAGGAAUUGUUCCCUGGGAGGGUGGGCAGGCCCUGGCACAGGGUGUCCAGAGCAAGUGUCGCUGCUCCUGGAUCCCUGGCAGUGCCCAAGGCCAGGUUGGACAUUGGGGCUGGAGCAGCCUGGGACAGUGGGAGGUGUUCCUGCCCCUGGAAUGAGAUGGUCUGGAGCAUCCCUUCCCACUCAAAUCACUAUGUCACUUGAUGAAUCCAUCUCUGCUCACUGUCUCCAGCCCAUUCCUCGCUCCAGUUUUUCCUCUUCACCACGUUCAGCAGAAAGAAAAGACAAACACCAGUAAAAGGUGUGGAAAUUUUUAUUCUUUACUGAACUUCAUUAGUUUUCUGUUUGGCUUAAACACAAUAAAUAUUUCAGCAGUAGCAUUGAACAGACUGGAAUUCACACUCACUGCAGUACCUGAACCCCCAGACUCUGGACUCUGGGAAAGCCAUCGGGGCCCUGGGAUCACAGCACCUCAGGGUGGGUCACUGCCAGCAUCAGUGUCCCCUUUAGCCCAAGGGACAGGAGCAGGGCCGUGUCCCUGCUGACUGGGAGGGAUGGGGGCAGAUUUUGAGGUGUCCAACCAGCUCUGACCAAAUGGGCUCUGCAGGUACUGUGGGCUAAGGUGAUUGGCACCUUGGAGUGUGAGCAGGGAAUUACCCCGAGAACUUCUCCUGGGGCAGGGAUGGCCCUGUCACUUCCUUGGAGACUAGCCAAGGGACUUCUCCAGCCAGGUCUGACCACACCCGGAUGGGCCUGAGGGCCUUUUCCACAAGCAAAGAGGUCAGUGUAGCUCCCAUUGUCGCCAUGGAAUUACUGGGGUUGGAAAAGCCCUCUGAGCCCAUCAAGUCCAACCAUUCCCAGCACAACCAAGGCCAAAGUGCUGCCACAUGUCCCCAAGUGCCACAUCCACAGAGCUUUUAAAUCCCUCCAAGGAUGAGGACUCCAGCCCUGCCCUGAGCAGCUGUGCCAGGGCUGGACAACCCUUUCCAUAAAAGCAUUGUUCCCAAUAUCCAACCUGAACCUGCACAGCUUGAGACCCUUUCCUCUCAUUCUAUCCUUGUCCCACCAAGAGCAGCCUCUGUGUCACCUCAGCCACUGCUUUGACACAGCUCAGAGGUAGAGAAGGGCAAAACCAGGAGGAGGCAAGGCUGGUUUCCCAAAAGCAUCCCUUCCCUAGGGACUUUCCAGCUCUAUCAGAAGCAGGCAUGGAUGCUCUCAAGGGGGAAGAGUUUAGGGGCCUCUCUGGGGCUGAGAUCAAACCAGCUCUGACUCCCAGCUGCAGAUCCUGGAAUUCCAAGGAGGUGACACCAGGCUCUAUUUAAGGAGCUUAAAGAUGUUCCCAGAGCCUCGGGAGUUCCCCUUCCCAGUACGCUGCUCCUGGCUCUGGCAAAGCCUUGGGGCAGGUGGAUGAUGGUUACAAGGAGAGGUGGCUGCCAAACCCCACUGUGAUCAACCAGGGGCUGCAGGAGAGCUGGAGAAAGCCUGGAGGGACAGGACACAGUCUGGCAGGGACAGAUAUUGGGAAGGAAUUGUUCCCUGGGAGGGUGGGCAGGCCCUGGCACAGGGUGCCCAGAGUAGCUGGGGCUGCCCCUGGAUCCCUGGAAGUGUCCCAGGUGUCCCAGGCUUGGAGCAACCUAACCUAACAUUAUCCCUGGAAGAAGAAACACAGACCAGCUCUUGGGCACCAGGCAGGAGGAGCUGAGGAGCCAGGACCUGCCCUCUCCAUGCCCGGGAGCACAUCCUGUGGGAAGGACAAAGCCCAGCCAGUGACCACCAGCGUGGAACAUCCCCCUCAAGGGCUGUUACCCAGGAACACUUUAAUUCUUAAGACCUAAACCCAUGGUGGGCAAUAGAAGGGUGGGUUCUCAGCUGCCACACAGGGUUUGGUCUCUGUUUCUAUUCCCCUCUCAGAAUCCAGGAGCAGAAAUCACAGGAGUUCUAAGAGCCAAAGAAGAACUUCCCCUCCCCAGCAGUUGCCUAGGCACUGGGAUGAGCUCUGCUCCAUCCCUGUCCUCACCAGGGACAAGCCAGCCCAAAGCCCAGUGCUGAUUUAAGGAGAUUUUUUCUACUUUCAAGGUGCAAUAAAUUAAGGCACCAAAGAGCCAGAACUCCCCCAUGAUGAAGCCUGUGCAGAGGAAGUAGUGCCAGUUUUGGAGUGGGAUAUUUUUUCUACACACCAAGACUUAAGCUCAGACAACUCCUCCCAGCCUCAGCAGCAUCCCAGUCCUCAGGGGCCAGAGAUGCCCAUGAGAAGAAACAGGACAAGGCAUGUGCCAGGUUUGGGAGCUCAGAGUUCAGCUGAAAGCCUAAGGGAACAGCUCAGUUCUUCCCUGGUUGGGCAAACACACAACAAAACUAGACAGAAAAUCAUCCAACAUCCACAUUUUUCAGUGUUGCCAUCCCAGCUCUGCUGUCUGAACAAGUCCCACAGGAAGCUGUGUCCCAGUUGAAGAGUGCCUCUAAAUCCUGUGUAAGCAGGACUUAAAUUUACCUCCAUAAAUCUAUUUCAUCAAAUAGCAGGAGUCAAAAGCUCAGGUGCAGCCCAAGUCACUUGUCCAUUGAGGGGUUUUUGGUGGUUUGUUUUUUGUUUGUUUGGUUUUUUGUUUUUUUUUUUGCUGUACAACAUUAGUAAAAUGGACUGGAGGAAGCUACUUUAUUAAAUAAACUUCAAAAACCAUCAGCCCACUCUCCCAGCCCCGCCGCAGCCGUACAGACAAGUGAGCACAUGGAGAUUUGGGGCCUCCCACGAUGGAUGGCAGCCCUGGGAAGGGCCCAGUUUGCUGCUCACAGGCUGUACCGUGACCAGGGGCCAACCAGGGGCUGCCCAAGCAACCCACAGACUCAUGAGCUCUAUCUCAGGGCUUCCAGUCUCCUCGUCAGCAUGACAGUGAUUCCAAUUUCCAAAAGGAAAAGUAUUAAAUAUGAGUUACACAUUGAAGGUUUCCCAGAGCAGGAAGAGGCUUCCCCUGCAGAAGGAAAUUGCUCUGACCAAGCUGUGAUGCCCCACGUUGCACAACAAUCAGUGUCUGAAGGACUUUGUUCCCAUGGUAGUUCCACCUGCACAAUCGGCUGUGCUUGUUCGCUUCCGGAUGCAGCCUUUCCAGAGCCUGGCUUUAAGCUGCACUCUUCAUUCAAGCACAGUUCUUCAUUGACUCAAGCCAGCAGGAAAGAAAAUCAGCAUUCAGUCUUCACCACCCCACUCAAACUCAAUUAUAAAAACAAAUUAAAAAAAUAAAAUCAACUCAAACA